AACGAAAUGUACAAAACGUUAAGUACGUUUUGUUCAUUUAGUUUUAUAUAUAUCAUGUCUUAAACACAAAUUUUACACAAUUUUUUUAUCAGAUAAUAUAUGUGGAAGUAAACUAUUUUAGAUAAGUACUACAUGCAUGCAUCGAUAAUGCAUGCUAAACUGCCAGUUAGAAAAUAUAAUAACGUCAUUGAUCCCUAACAUAUUACCUAUACCUACUUAUGAUAAUUGCAAAUAUUUUUCAUUUUUUAUUCGAUCUACGUAAAUACUUAGUAAUUUAUUAUAUAAUAGAAACUAAAACCUAUAUUUAAAAAUAAUAUAGCCAAUCGUAUAAAUAGCGCAGUCAGUAGAAAAUAAUAUUAAAUGGCACUCCACUGGAGUCCACUCACAGAAGUUAGUUCACCACUAUGCUUAAUUUUCACUCAGUUUUGCCUCUAGAGAUUUUGUUGCAAACGAUUGUGAAUCAAUAUUUUAACGUGUCAUAUUGCUUAACCAUAUUAGCGGAAUCAUCUAUCAAUUGCCAGUAUCCAGUUAGCUACACUUACAUUUCAGUUUCAAAUAAAAAUGAAAAUUUGACGAAGCAAAUUCUGGAAGCAUCCGAAAAGGGCUGCUCAGAUUACAUUGUGCGGCUUAAAUCACCGGAAAUAUUCAUAGAGUAUUUUGAAGAAGUCAAUCAUUUGGGAAAUACAAGAAGAAGUGACAGGAAAAUAGUAAUUUUACCUUUCCAAGAAGAUAAAUCUCAUGCUGAUAAACUCUUAAAUAUUUUAUCCUUGAAUCAAACCAGCUUUGUGGCAAAUCUCUUGAUGAUUAUACCUUCACAUAACGUUUUGGACAAACAUUGUCAAACGUUUGAUUUGGUGACCCAUAAAUAUGUUGGAGCUAAUGACGAGAUCAGUCAGCCAGUCUACAUAGACCAAUGGCGCUCUUGCACACAGAAAUUCCGGGAUAAUAUUAAUCUGUUUCCUCAUGAUAUGUCUAAUUUAUAUGGGAAGACUGUGAAGGUAGCUGCGUUCAGCUAUGAACCUUACAUUAUAUUGGACAUCGAUGAGGCUAUAGAGCCAAUCGGCCGCGAUGGGACGGAAGUCAGACUCGUAGAUGAGUUCUGCAGAUUGUAGAAUAACAUUUUUAAAGAUGGCUGAAUUGUGCUGUUGAAAUAAUAAGGAAUGAAGAUGAGCAUCAAUGGGGUGAAAUAUAUCCAAACCGAACAGGCGUCGGGAUUCUGGGGAAUCUAGU